AUGGAGGACAAAGAUGUGGGCUACAUCCACAAACCGAUGAUAGACAAGGACACAAUACUGGAUGACAAACAGCGUUGCAGACCAUGGCCCAACUGCAUAAGCUGGGGCAAGAAGCUGAAAUGGCCUUUUUAGAGAAUAAAAGAGCGAGGGAGGAGGCUGAAAAAUCAGCAGAGGUGGGCAAGGGGAGAGAGGAAGAAGAAGAAGUGGAAGGCAACAAAACCUCGACUCAAAGUGAGGGACUGCGUGGAGAGGGGACAGGAGAGACAAGGAUCAGCAAGACAAGAGAGGAAGGGGAUUCACAGGGGGCAGUCAAAAGGAAGAUGAGUGACAGAGAAAAUUCUACGGGGGGUAUUGCGAGCCAUGACACAAAAAGAUCUCAUACGGGCAAGAGGGAAGAGGAAGCUUCAGUGUCGCAAGGCCAAGUCCAUGGAUCAGGCACGAGAGAAGAGGGGCAAGGGGAGGCCAAAGCACAGAGUGAGGGAAUGGACAUAACUCCAUUAGAAGCAGAGGAUUCAUCAUCUUCUUCUUCGGACCAACAUACACGGCCAGGUUCACCAUCAGCAGGUAACAGCUCAUCAGGAAGAGCACGGAUGGACAGCGGGGAAAACGUAAUGGCAGAUCCACCGAAUGGCUCAAAAGGAGAUAUGGAUAGCGGGGAAGAUGUUAGAAUGUCACAGGACUCGGGAGAGGACUCAGGAGAAGACACAGGAGARGACACUGAAGRGGAGGAAUGGGAGGAUGCGGMGGAGGAGGAGGAACCGGAGGAGGAACCGGAAACGCUAGCCCAGUGGAUCAGAACGGUACACAAGCUGAAGUGGGAAAGACACGUCGAAUGUGAAGUACCUUUGGCGCAUCAUAAGCAUCUACACAACCUGAAGCAGGCUACUUCAGCUGGGGACGAUAUUACCUCAACAAACAGAUUUGAAUGGUUGAGGAAAGAGCUGGAGGUCAAUGAGUUCUACGCAUCACAGUAUGCUUGGAAGGCCCACCCAAACAGCAACGACAUUUUGGUACAUAAUGGGAACUACGCCAAGCAGUUUAUAUGGCCCAAAACGUACCAACCUCAGGGGUUGAAAAGGUCAGAGCAAAAAAGGAAAGCGCAGCAGGAAUCAGAAAGCUCAGCUCAAGGGAUGGAGGAGAAGGAGCAGAUCGAGGAGGAGAUGAGACAAGCAGCGAUCCUGGAGGCACAAAUCAACGUCUUCAAGGACCAAAACAGGGAAUUGGAGGAGGAUACCAUCAAUCUGCUAAAAAUAGCAUACUCUCCACAAGGUGACAAAUGCAGCAGCCAAGCUCUUCGCAAGGCACAAUCCAAGGAGGAGAGUCGUCAUACCAUACCGCUGGAACAGUGGCAACUCGGACUGGGAGGUGGCCAUACAUAAGACAUUGGCUCUGAUCUCUACAAAGGAUAGUCACUGCUCGCAGGAAAGGCUCAAGGAACAGAUCUCAGGAGAUCUCCCGGACAGAG